GUGUCUUCUUUUCUUCUUCAUUCUUUUCUUUCCUAUAUCCAGUGAGAGAAACCUGAUCACAAACCCACAAACAUGUAUUUUUAGAAAUAAAACCCAUGUGAAAACAAUACUUCUCCCAUUUGGAACCUAAAAACUCUCGGCCACACUCUCUGUUUCUCUCAAUUGAAUUCACCUCCGACAACCCCAACACCCCCCUAAGCUCCUGUCGAUCUCGUCACAACAGGUCACCGGAGUGACCUCCGGCCACGAUUCAGACCGGCGAUCGGACGCCGGCUUCUCCGUCAAACAACUACACACCCCACCUUCAGUUCCCCUCGUUAAACAUCCAUUACACCCACCCCCACCUGUUGCAUCGCCAAAUGAAGGGCCAGCCACCGCCUUGGCGACGGCACACGGCGGCGGACGUCGAGAGAAAGAGAGAGAUAAGCAGUGAGAGAGAGGAACUCGAAGAGAGAGGAAGAGAUCGACAGACGGAAUGGCGUCGGAAAAUGGCAGCGGCACCGCCGCAGGUGGCGGCGGCAGCGGCGGCCACCUUUUCUUUUCCGGUGAGCGGCAGACCACGGUCAGAACGCGAUUGCGGUAUGUCGUUUUCAGUCUGCGUGGUUAGAACCAUUUUGUUGGAUUUGAACUUGAUUUUUUUUGGGUUUAUUUUGAAAUCGGAUUUGUUUUAUUUAUUUUUCACGACAUCAGAUUGGGAUUCAGCGUCGGUACAAGUUCGGUGCGGCUCGGGUUCGGUUCGGGUAAAUGGUUCAGUCAACUGGUUUCGGUUCGGGUUAGUGCGAGUCAACACAGCCAACGGGUCGGUUGCGGGUUUUCGGCUCGGUUUCGGGUCUUGGUCAAAGGCAGUCAACGAGUCAAUGGUUCGGUCAAUUCAGUCAACGCAAGUCAACUCUGGUCAACCAGUCAACUGUCGGGUCAACUGGUCAAACGCAAGACGCGGAAUACUAUAGAUGCACGCUAGCUAAUGCACGUUCUUGGAACGACACUUCAGAAUC